AUGUCAGUAGCAUCUUCCCGAGGCCGAUCACGCAGUCGCGAGCGGCGGCGACACCGUGAUCCAGCUCCACUAUCCUACUACCCAGCUCAGGGAUAUCCGGCACAGUAUCCCCCCUAUUCGCAGCCACCACCGCCCCCUCUUCAAGGUGCGAAUGGGUACGGAGGACCCAUGAAGUCUCGAAAUGUCAGUCCAGACGGCACUUCGAGAGCAAAGCCGAAGGUAAACGCUUCGACGGUGAACACGGUGUCAUACGCGCAGCAGCAGCUCGGUGUCUCGAUCACGGAAGGCAUGAAGCAGGCAUACGAAGAGUGUAAAGCAAGCGUCCUUCGAAUAGCCGCACAGUGUCGGGCGAAGAACAGGAAGUUCAGGGAUGUUGACUUUGAUUUGGAAAAUGACCGCCAUCUAUGCCUCCACAAUUUGGGGGACAACAAUAUAUUCCAGGUUGCAGAUGUUCGACGCGUACCGGAAUUGUUUACCAACCCUGUUUUCUACACUGGAACAAGCAAAUCAGCAGAAAUUAUACAGGGCGCGGUGGAAGAUUGUUAUCUGGUGUCGGCUCUGUCGAGCAUGACAUCCGUUCGGAGAUUGAUUGACAAUCUAUGUGUCGCUAGAGACGAAGAGGUUGGGAUAUACGGUUUCUUGUUUUACAGAGAUUGCUACUGGGUUCCAGUCAUCGUCGACGACCUCCUGUUCACCCGUGUUCCAAAGUACGAACAGCUAUCACAUUCGGAGAAAGAACUAUACCACUUCGAGAAAGAAAACUAUAACAAGACUGCGAGGCAAGGAUCCGAUUCCCUGUACUUCUCUCGCCCUGCUACAGAUGGAGAGACCUGGGUCCCGUUGGUUGAAAAGGCGUAUGCUAAGGUUCAUGGCGAUUACGCUUCAGUGAUGUACGGUCGGACUUCAGAUGCUAUCGAAGACAUGACAGGUGGUGUUUCGAAUCUAAUAUUAACCAAGGAUAUCUUGAAUCACGACAAAUUUUGGCACGAUGAACUGGUCAAAGCUAAUGAAGACCGACUCUUUGGUUGCUGGUUCAAGACCCUCGAUGGGUUCCGCAGUGGUGUCAGAAAUGCUUCAGUGGAUGGUCUCGUUGGAAAUCUUUCCCACUCCGUUGUCAAAGCCGUAGAGAUCAGGGGCAAGCGAUUCGUGGUGCUGCGCGAUCCAUGGGGUACGGCUGGCUGGGAUGGACCAUGGUCAGAUGGAUCCAAAGAAUGGACCAAGGAAUGGUUAGAGAUUCUUCCUGAGCUCGGCCAUUCUUUUGGAGGGAAAGGGCAGUUUGUCAUGGAAUAUAAAGAUUUCUUGAACAUAUGGCAAGAGGUACAAAGGACACUCAUAUUUGAUGACUCGUGGGUCAUGUCUUCCCAAUGGUUGCACGUCUCGUUACCGUUCCCCAACAUGAAAGCCUUUUCGUACGGUGAUAUCAACUUCUCGUUCUCUCUACCAGCCGCCUCACCCGUGAUUAUUGUGCUGUCCAAGUACAACACACGUUAUUUCAAGGACAUAUCCGGUCCUUGCCUUUGGAAUCUUGACUUUUUACUCGCCAAAGAAGGCGAGACCGAGCCUAUUGCCCAAUCUUCAUAUUCGUUCUUUGCCAGCAGAUCAGUCAGUGUAGAAAUGGAUUUGCAAGCUGGGAAUUACAUUAUUCUGGCAAGAAUUGAUCCCGCUCCCGUUCGAGACAAGGACUAUUUCAGGAACGGCCUUGCUUCCGGAUGGGACAGACGGAAACUCAAUCGUAUCAUGACUGAACGCGCCAAAGGUCAAUCAAUUGCAUCAAAUUAUAAACCAAAUCCAGAGCUUCUUCCAACUCCGGCAUCUGCUGUGCUUGCAAGCCAGCAGGUGAAAUCGGACAAGGCAGCCAUUGAUGCCAUCAAGACAUACGCCGGGGAGGUAAAACCAGGUGAGAGUGUAACUGUCACCACGACUACGACGACGACGACUGUGGUGAGCAAGAACGGCGGCUCCUCCAGCGCCAAUGAGCCAGCAUCAGAGCGCCCAGUACGCGGUGGCUCAAAGGGUGUAAACAACAUCACUGCGGGCCAUAUGCCAAACGGUAAAGGAUACGGACGUGCGCCUAAUGGAACGUAUCCCAUGGAACCUGGAUGGGCUGGGAUCCCCCCGGGCUCCCCUCCUCUGAGCCCUGGGAAGAUCACGCCGUUCCCGCCUGGACUCCUUCCUCCCCCUCCCCCUCUGGAUCUAGCCCCGCUUUCUCCACCACUGUUGCCUAUCGGUGGCUCCAUGCCACUUCCGACUGAUGUCCUUGAGGACGACAACUCGAUUGUGAUUGGCUUGAAAGUGUACACAAAAAAGAUAGCGCCUGCAGUCAUCACUGGUAGAUUAAAAUCUCCUCCAGGAGCCUCGACCGGACCUGCUCUUGGUGGGUAUUAA